AGAGAGAGAGAGAGAGAGAGGACUGCAGCAUCAUUUGAGACCAACAGCAGAAGUCCCGCGCGCACAGGCAGUGCAGUAGAACGUGCAGGUGAGCGAAAGACGUAGAGGAGGAGGCGCGUGGAGAGGAGAUAAUGCGGGACUCUUGGAAAAGACGCAUUUCACUUGGUUCAUUAGCUAAACAUCCCUACAAGCGCUCACGGGACUAAUCGUACGUGUGCCGGUGCCGAAGUCGUGUUUUUUUCCGCGGACCAUUCACUUUAGGGCGAUCGCUUUCCGCUGGCCCAUGAACGUCUUGUGAAAAGCACUCUUGUCUUGUAACUUACGUGCAGGAAUCCAAUGGCUUGGCACGUUGCUUCACUGCGGAAAAAGCAUAAAAUGCAGCGGAGCAAAUUCUAGCUGAAGGUAAGACAAUAUCGCUUCAUAUGGAAACAUCCGCUGGGCUUCGGAGGUUUAGCUCAUCGGAAUUGUCUCCCACUGAGGGGAUACGAUUUAUUCUCUGUGCCGUCCGGAGCCGAAGUGCCGACAGUAUUUCUUUGUGUAGUGCUGCAUUGCAGUUUUUAACUGUAGCCUCACUGAAAUGCCCAAAGUGUAACUGCAGUAAUAAGAUAUUACAAAUGGCUUCAUUCACUUUAAGGGUGACACCGGUAUUUCUGCUGCAAGACAAUUAUUGGACUCAAGUGGAUUUAUAAGCGGCGGAUGAUUUAUUUUUUCCUCUAUAUUUUUCCUUGAUAUCUUUCUUCCGUGUCAACUGUCAAGAGAUCGCGCUUUUAAUACAUAUCAUUAUAAAGACGAUUGUGGAUUUGCAAGAGAAACAUAAAGACUAAGCCAUUCUUCACUUGAGAAGUGAGGCUGCAUAGCGGACGGCGAAGCGCUGAUGAGGAGCUCCGGACCUCAGGUGAGAACACGUUAAACCUGAGUCCCCCGCUGUGUGUGUGAAGGUGACUUAACGGACCACAACAAGGGAGAAAUCCCUGGAAAAAGAGAGUGCAAGCAACGCCAUUGCAGGAAGCCAUAAGGAAGACGUGAACAAGAGUGGAGCACAUAGAAGCAGAGUGGGAGCGAUGCAGAGGCUUGGUGCAGUGCACUCAUGGGCUCUGAGCCUCGUGGCUCUGCUGCUGCAAGUGCUGACUCAGCUGCCGGCUGCAGACUCAGCUCUCCGGUACCGCGUCGCGGAGGAGGGCCCCCCUGACGUCAAGAUCGGCAACGUGGCCGCCGACUUGGGCCUCACGGCAGGCACGGGCAACGGCGACGUCACCUUUGCCCUGGAGAGUGGCUCUGAGUAUUUUAAGAUUGACAACGUGACAGGUGAGCUGACGACCAGCACGCGGCGGAUCGACCGGGAGAAGCUUCCACAAUGUCAGAUGAUAUUCGAUGAGAACGAGUGUUUCCUGGACUUUGAGGUCUCAGUAAUCGGACCCCUUCAGAGCUGGGUGGACCUGUUCGAAGGCCGUGUGGUCAUCACAGACAUCAAUGACAACACCCCUUCCUUUCCAUCACCUGUGCUCCAGCUCUCCGUGGAGGAGAACCGGCCCAUCGGAACCCUAUACCUGCUGCCCACCGCCACGGACCGCGACUUUGGCCGCAACGGAAUUGAUCGCUAUGAGCUCAUCCAAGAUGGUGGGCCUGGGUUAGUUGUGUCGAGGCGCACAGCAGUGGGGAGCCCUGUGACCAGAACAGAAGGGGCCCCUGGGGACAGGAGGACCAGGACUGGGGAGAACGGAGGAGGGGCCAGAAGCAGCGUGUUUGAGCUGCAGGUCGCCGACACACCUGACGGGGAGAAGCAGCCGCAGCUCAUCGUGAAGGGCCCCUUGGACCGGGAGCAGCGAGACUCCUACGAGCUGAUCCUCCGGGUCCGAGACGGCGGUAGUCCUCCCCGCUCUUCACAAGCUCUGCUACGGGUCUCCAUCACCGACGUCAAUGACAACAGCCCACGGUUUGAGCGGGCCGUGUACGAAGCGGAGAUGGCGGAGAACGCCCCGCCGGGGACACCAGUCCUCCAGGUCAGGGCAUCGGACCGCGACGUGGGCGUCAACGGCCAGGUGGAGUACGUCUUUGGAGCGGCGACAGAGUCCGUCCGGCGCUUGCUGCGAUUGGACGAGGCCUCGGGGUGGCUGAGCGUCCUCCAUAGGAUCGACAGGGAAGACGUGGCCCAGUUGAGGUUUACGGUGACGGCCAGGGACCGGGGCCAGCCACCGCGCACUGACCGCACGACUGUCGUCCUGGCAGUGCGCGACGAAAACGAUAACGUCCCUGUUGUGGAGAUCCGCAAGAUAGGACGCAUACCCGUGCGUGACGGUGCGGCCAUGGUGCCGGAAAAUGUCCUGGUGGACACGCCGGUGGCCCUUGUGCAGGUGUCCGAUCGGGACCAGGGGGAGAACGGGGCUGUGACGUGCACUGUGGUCGGAGAUGUCCCCUUCACGCUGAAACCAGCAGGAGAAACAGCACUACCCCCAUUACCUGCAGAUGAGGCCUUUGACAGGAACAAGAAGAAGUUCUUCCUGCACACCUCUGCCCUGCUGGACUAUGAAACCACCAAGGAGUACAGUGUCACCAUCGUGGCAGUGGACUCUGGCAGUCCCAGCCUGUCCAGUAACAGCUCCCUGAUGGUGCGUGUGGUGGACGUCAAUGACCACGCCCCAUCCUUCGCCCAGAACGUUGUGGAGGUCCACUUCGGGGAGAACAACGCGCAGGGUGAACGGGUGGUGACGGUGGUCGCCACGGACGCCGACAGCGGGAAGAACGCAGAGGUGGUCUACUCCCUGGACCCCUCCGCUAACGGGGUGUUUUACAUAGACACCGAAAAUGGGGACAUCCGAGCGACAGGAGUCUUGGACCGAGAGCACCAGGAGAGGUACGAGUUCAGGGUCAUCGCCAAAGACAAGGGCACCCCCUCUCUGCAGGGCUCAGCCACUGUGGUGGUCCAGGUCACGGACCGCAACGACAACGCACCCAAAUUCGUCCAGGAGAUUUUCACGUUCUACGUCAAGGAGAACCUCCUCGCCAACAGCCCUGUUGGGAUGGUAACCGUCACCGACGCCGACCAAGGCGAGAACGCCGAGCUCAGCCUCUUCGUGGAAAUGGACGGCAGCGAGGAGAAGAAGCCGGGAGGAGACGGAGACAAAGAACAGAACGAGCUGUUCUCCAUCGAGAACAACACAGGAACCAUCUUCUCCUCCUCGUCGUUUGACCGAGAGAGGGUGUCGGCGUACACCUUCCGUGUGCGGGCCGUGGAUGGAGGAGACCCUCGCAAGACGGCCACGGCCACUGUGUCACUCUUUGUGACCGACGAGAACGACAACGCCCCUCUGAUCAUCUCCCCCACCAACGAGUCCUACACCCUGCUGCCCCCCGCCAGCAGCGCCCGCACCAUCGUCAGGACGGUGGCCGCCACCGACUCGGACGCGGGCCCCAACGCAGACCUCCACUUCGCCCUGGUCGGGGGAAACCCCUUCCGUCUGUUUGAGAUCGGCCAUGCCAACGGAGUGAUCACCCUGGCGGAGCCUCUGGAGAGGAGACACCGAGGACUGCACCGCCUGGUGGUGCGUGUCAACGACAGCGGGCUGCCCUCGCUUUGUGCCACCGCCCUGGUCCACGUCUUCAUCAACGACAGCCUCACCAACGCCACUCUGGUGGACGCACAGGUGGCCCGCAGCCUCAUGGCCCCCCUGUCCCUGGACAUAGCGGGGGACCCUGACAGCGAGCGAGCCCUGGGGAAGCAGCGCCUCAGUGUGGCCAUCGGCGUGCUGGCGGGAGCGGCGGCCGUCAUCCUCGUCAUCCUCCUGGUGGUCACCGCCCGCCAGUGCGGCGCCCAGGGCAAGAACGGCUACGAGGCCGGGAAGAAGGAGCCGGAGGAGGACUUCUUCAGCCCUCAGGGGGCGCAGCCGCAGGUGGGCCGCGGCGGGGGGUCGGACCGCGGGAGGAAGCCGCGCAGAGACAAACGUAGCGCAGGCCCGGCCCCGGUCGGCGGGAAGGACCGCUCCCUCUACAGCGGCAUCGUCACGGUGAACGGACUGCGUCGCCAUGCCAACGAGGAGGACGAGGAGGACCUGAGCAGCGCCAGCGAGCGGCUGGCCGCCCGCUACUGCGCCAUGGACAGCGACCCGGCGAGCCCCCGGAUGGGCGGGGGCCGGAUGCACCAGUCCAGCCCGGACCUGGCCCGCCACUACAAGUCCAGCUCCCCUCUGCCCGCCGUGCACCUGCAGCCCCACUCCCCGCCCGCAGAGGGCAAGAAGCACCAGGCGGUGCAGGAGCUGCCCCCGUCCAACACCUUCGUGGGCAGCGGGGGCUGUGCGGGCAGCGCCGGCUCCAGCAGCAGCAGCAGCGGCGGCAACGCGGACGCCAUGUCGCUGGGCUCGGACCAGUGCUCCGAGUACGGCUGCCAGACCGGGAACAAGUACAGCAAACAGCUCUCUGAGAUGCUCUACAGCUGUGACUGUGUUCAGCUCUCUGAGAUGCUCUACAGCUGUGACUGUGUCCAGCUCUCUGAGAUGCUCUACAGCUGUGACUGUGUCCAGCUCUCUGAGAUGCUCUUCAGCUAG